AUGGCCAAAAAACUCCACUGGCAACGGCUUGCAUCUGAUGAAUGCAAGGUUGUUGACUUCGAACUGGAAUCUAUCGUCAACAUAGAGGAAACAAAAAUUGGAGGAGAGAUGCUGGAAAAAACUUGUCAGACGGAAGCGGUGACAGUUUACAGUUUGGCGGACAGGACAAUGAAGGCACCGAAUAAGUGUCCAGUUUCCAAAGCCCAUGAGUUUCCACGACACGAGGAUCAACUGCUGCGCGCAGCGGUUUCCGGGGCAAAAACAUGUCUGGUUGGGCACGGGCAACUGAAUGUGCUGCCCCAGGCCGCCUCAUGUUUCAGGUGCUACGAUAUUGAAGAUAUCGCGCUACAUGUAUAUCCACAAUGUACUACUCAUAAGGUCGCUGAAGAAGAAUUUUCAUUCGUGUUCUCCGGAGUCACAAAACUCAAACGGAGCUUCGAAAACUCCGGUCAAAAGUGGGAAUUAUCCUCUAGCUAUUUGACACUUUGA